CUCUCUCUCUCUCUAUGUCUCACGCACGCACGGAGCAGUGGUUAAAAAAUGCCGUUAUCCAUUACUGCAAUUACUUCGAAGGUUUUGAUUGCUUUUCCUUCUCUUCCAACUUCAAAGAUUGUUAAGCCCUGUACUUUUCCAUUGAAGAAUGAUGGGAAUAUUGCUCAUCCAAGAGCCAACGCAUUCAUGGCGUCUAGAAGUCUCAAAUUCGUGGCUAAUUCGGUUUUUGGGGAUGGCAGUGUCUUGGUUGCUUUUAAUGUGCCAUUUCCUAGUGAUUAUUCUGAGCUUCUUGACCAAGCCAGAAAUGCAAUUGAAUUGGCUUUGAAGGAUAACAGACAGUUGAUGGAGAUUGAAUUCCCAACGGCUGGACUUGAAUCUGUACCAGGUGAUGGUGAAGGAGGAAUAGAAAUGACUGGAAGCAUGCAAUUAAUUCGUGAAUUUUGUGACCGCUUCAUAAGUCCAGAGAAAGCCACACGAACCAGAAUAUUUUUCCCAGAGGCAAGUGAAGUUAAAUUUGCAAGACAAUCUGCCUUUGGAGGAGCCUCCUUUAAGUUGGACUAUUUGACGAAGCCGUCAUUUUUUGAGGAUUUUGGUUUUUUUGAAAGGGUGAAAAUGGCAGAUCGUGUGAAGCUGGAAGAUGAAUUGUUCUUGGUCGCCUAUCCAUAUUUUAACGUCAACGAAAUGCUCGUGGUAGAAGAGCUUUACAAAGAAGCUGUUGAGAACACUGACAGAAAACUGAUUAUUUUCAACGGAGAACUUGACCGUAUAAGAUCUGGAUAUUAUCCACCUUUCUUCUACCCCAAGCUGGCCAAACUUACCAAGACCCUCCUGCCUAUGAUGGAGACUAUAUAUUACAUUCACAACUUCAAGGGACGCAAUGGAGGAACCCUUUUCAGGUGCUACCCUGGUCCGUGGAAGGUCCUUAGACGAUUAGGGAAUAAAUACAAAUGUCUGCAUCAGCAGGAAGUAAUGCCAUCCCUCAAGGAAGUUGCAUUGGAUAUUCUAACGCCAGCUUGAAACAUAUUUGUGCAGAACCUUGAAAGCAUUAAAUCUCUUCAAAUAAUACCUAGUUGUUGGGACAAAACCUGAGUAAGCAAAAAGAUGGGCUUGGAAGUGCUUAGAGUACUGUACAGGGUGCUAUUCAGAAGGGUGAAAUCACCUUCAAGCCUCACAUCAUUCUUCUGUGAGUAUAAAUGAUAAGGUUUGUUAGAAAAAUCUAUGGGAAGAGAAACUAGAAUUGCUUAUUGGUUUUUGAAUGUAAAUACCGGAGGCAUUAGUGAUGUUGUGAUACUAAUAUAUGAACUAAAGGUGUCAUUAUAUAUUACUAAUUGUUAUUUAAAUUCAAUACAAGGAUAUUAUUGAUA